AUGGAUGGAUUUGUCCCCCGCUGCAGCCACCUCUGGCCCCGAGCUCAAACGGAUGGCUGUGCUGUUGUCACCACUUGCAGGUAUUCAUCCUCUUGAUCCACUUGGACAAACACAUGCUACCGCUCCAGCCGCUGGAUUGCAGUUAAAUUCACUGAUAUCGCAACCUAGGCCACUGGACCAAUUCUCCGGCGUGGGGGUAAGCGCCACAAACAGCACCCGGGUCUCCGUAGGGAAUAUCCCUCGCGUGAGGCGGGUAGAAAUGGUUUCCCGAUUACAUACUGAAUCCCCCAGCAUACCCGCCCCGCUCUUGGAGCCAUUCAUCCAUCUACAGCCCUGAUGUUGGUUCACUCUUCCUCACCUUUUCUAGUCACAUUUACCGCCUACCAUGUGCCACUGCCCUUCAGCUUAUCGAGCCUCCUCCGAACGAUCAGCGAACCCAUCCGGCCUACAGCACCGCACUCUCCAAGCCUGACGAUGCCGUGAUCGCGGUUCCAAAUCCGAGCGACGACUACAAGACUUGUGUUCUCAGUGGACUCAGUCCCAGCUCCACAAUAGAAAUCCGCACUCGUGUGCUC